CUCUCUCUCUCUCUCUCUCUCUCGUUCUCUCUCUCUCUCUCUCUCUCUCUCUCUCUCUCUCGUUCGCUUGAUCGAUCGUCACCGAAAUCCGGUCUCGGCGUCGAAAUAGCUUUCGAGUUGACUCUCCGGCGCUGCUAAAUUCCUUCAAUCGUUCAAUCCCGUCUCCGAUUAAGUAGUCGAUUGAUUAGGAAUGGCGUUCUUGUUCUUCUAAGUCUUCAUUGCACCAAAAGCCUCUAAAUCAACGACACAGCGAUUUACCUCUACCUCUCACAGUUCUUCGUCAAGUUUUAUGGCGAUUAGAGUUACGUUCACCUACUCCGGCUACGUUGCUCGGAAUCUCGCGUCCUCCGCCGGGAUUCGACUCGGCACCUGCGACUUCCGCUCAUGCUUCGAGUGCUUUGUCCGACCCAGAAUCUCUGGACACAACCAGAAGACGGAUCUGGACAAGUCUCCCGGUUCUAACCCGUGCAUCGCUGGUUCCGGGUCCCAGUUCCGAUCAGCUUCUAUGUACAGCUCCCUCGCAAGGGAGAUUCUUGGAGAAGAUUGCCAGAGCCCGCUUGUUGUGGGUCUGAUAUGGAUAAUGAAGUCCACAGCAGGUGUUCCCCAGUUUUCAACGAUGAGCAUCUUGGGAAUUUCGCCCUUCAAUGCUUCUUCUAUCAUCCCGUUCUUUCAAGGGUCGAAGUGGCUUUCGCAUAACAAUGCGGAGACGUUGUCACCGGAAAUUGAAGACGUGGACGGGGGAGGAACGGCGGCGUGUGACCCAGGCAAAGGGGUCUGUCUGAAUUUGGAGCUGAAUGAUAAGGAUUUCGGUGGGAAGAGUGGAUGGAUCGACAAACUCUUGAAUGUCUGCUCGGAAGAUGCGAAGGCAGCUUUCACGGCGAUGACUGUGACUCUGCUUUUCCGGUCGGCUCUCGCGGAGCCGAAGUCGAUUCCAUCCACGUCUAUGUACCCUACCUUGGAUGUGGGUGAUCGAGUUCUCGCGGAGAAGGUUUCAUACUUUUUCAGGAAGCCAAAGGUUUCGGAUAUAGUGAUCUUCAAGGCCCCUCCCAUCUUGCAGGAAUGGGGUUACAGUUCUGAUGAUGUGUUCAUAAAGAGGAUAGUUGCAAAAGAAGGUGACUGGAUUGAAGUUUGUGAUGGGAAGCUCUUUGUGAACGGCACUGUUCGAGAAGAAGAUUUUGCUUCAGAACCACUUGAAUAUGAAAUGGAGCCAGUGCUUGUCCCCGAAGGUUGUGUCUUUGUUCUAGGAGACAACCGCAACAAGAGCUUCGAUUCUCAUAACUGGGGUCCGCUACCAAUAAAGAACAUCGUCGGGAGAUCAGUGUUUAGGUAUUGGCCUCCGAGCCGAGUGUCCGACACCGUACACUCGCGCCCACUUGUUACAGAGAGAGAUCUUAUGAUCAAUUGAUCAGUCGGUCGGUCGAUCUCUGAAGUGAAACUGUGUUUUUAGGAUAGAACAGAACGUGAAGAGAGGACGCUGUUCCAACCAUUUUUGUCUCAGGAACAGAGCAGCUUCAAUUGGUGGUUUUUACUCCAAAUUUUUUAGUGCGUCUUCCUGGUUAUGUGUCCGGUUUGUUUGUACCGGAUAUUUGGUUUUCUCUGUACCGUCUGCAUCAUUAGAUAUGGAAAGUCAAAAGGGGAAAUGCCAAAGAAGGCGGGGAAAAUGCUACCAAUAUUCUUC